UUUUCCUCUUAAGGCAUGGAUUGUGAAGUAAUGAUACUUGAGCUUUGGUCUGAAUUAUUGUCCAAAAUCUUGCUGAUCUAUUACGGUCCAAUCAGCAUUGGCACACCACCUCAGCCGUUCCUGGUGGAUUUUGAUACGGGUUCAUCAAAUCUCUUUGUACCGUCUGUGAUGUGCCCCGACACAGCGCCUGGUUGUCCACAUCAUCACAAAUACAACCAUUCCAGGUCCUCCACAUACCAACCCAAUGGAACCACUAUUCGCCUUACGUAUGGAACAGGAAACGUGGUUGCAACCCUGAGCAAGGAUGUAGUUCGGGUUGAUACCCUAAAUGUGGUUGGUACGACGUUCGGGGAAGCGACGUACAUGAGCAAGGACUUUGCUGCUUCAAGUGUGCCGAUUGACGGUCUUCUUGGCAUGGCCUACCCAAGCUUAGCUGUAGGCGGGGUCACGCCCGUGUUCAACAUGAUGGUUAAGGAGGGGCUCGUUGCAAAGCCCGUGUUCUCGUUCUUUCUGAGCGUGAAUUUCAACGGCACCAAAGGUGGGGAACUCGUUCUUGGCGGAUCAGACCCAAGCCACUACACGGGCGAAUUCACAUACGUGCCGGUCAGCCAACCACUGUACUGGCAGUUCACCUUAAACAGCAUCAACAUCGGAAGUUUCCUCACUCUGUGCCAAGGAGGGUGCCAGGCUAUCGCAGACACGGGUACCUCCCUCAUUGUUGGACCAACUUCCCUGAUUGCCAAAAUCAACGACCAAUUUGGAGCCAAAUAUGACCCGCAACAGCAGCUCUAUUUCAUCGACUGUGACAAAAUCGGCAGUCUUCCGGACGUCAUAUUCAUGAUCGCCAACACACAAUUCCCCUUGUCUCCGAAGGAAUACAUUGAACAGAAUGGCUCCAUCUGUUUCACUGUCUUCGCACCAGAUGGCUUCUCCCCUCUGCUUAUUAUGGGCGAUCCGUUUCUAAGGCGGUACUACUCGGAGUUCGACUUUGGAAAUAACCGGCUUGGGUUUGCUACUGCUGUCCAGAAGGAGAAGUUGUAGAUGAAGGAUGAGGCCACAGCUCAUGGCCCGGAUAAAGAAAUGUCAUUUGUGUGAUGUUAACUUCAAACUCUUACCCAGCUCUCUUUGGUGAUGUAGGGGACUUACAAACACAAAAACGUCAAUGCCACAGUUUAUCCAAAGAUGGGAUCUAAAUGUCUUUAUGUAAACUAUGACACGUUUUGUUAAUAAACAUUAAUGCACUGAACGAAAGGAGCGGAGUAGAUACCCAGAUUUCCUCAACAAUGAUUUCCUCAUUUUGACAAUGUGAAUAUUGCAAGCUGUAUCAUUCUAUUCUGCUUGUUUGUCGACGACUCAUGUAAUCGUGUUUUGUGCCUGUUUUUGAAGAGACGACACGAAUAAAUGUUAACCAAAAUGAAAAUGCGGCCUGUCUUGUCGUCAAGGAGUUAUUUUUCACCGUUUGUAGCUUGCAUGGUCUCUUUCGUUGUCUACUUAAGAAAUAAUAAAUCCUUGCUGAACGCUCACGUCGGCAGGUUUGUUUUUGGUGCCAAAUUUCGCAUCUACAUUCGAGGUUAAACAAUCUGAAAAUGGUCCAAAAAAUCCAUAGGGUACGUGCUUUUCUAUCCAUUGGAGAAUGUUUCAUUUAUAUAUUUCAAAACGUGAGAGAAAUAUCGACGAAUAAAGGAGUUCUGGUCAGUCCGGCACUGAGCGCACUAGUA